AUGCGAGAACCAGGCACAAAUGAAAUUGAACUUGGAGUUGACGAGGAGGGUUUCAUUUAUAUGGCAUUUGAAGCUCCUGAAAAGAAUGACUCCUCUGAAUUUGUCUGGACAAAGGACUAUGAAGGACCACCAGAUGCUGACAGGGUUCGGAUGGAAGAGAAAGGCAAUAAAUCUAAGCUUAUACUGAAAGAGCCAUCAGAAAAGGAUCUGGGCGUGUAUUCCGUGGAGGUCACGGAUGUGGAUGAUGAUAUCUCGGCCAGCUGCACUUUAACGAAAGAAGAUCUGGACAAGUUGUUGAAACGCAGCCAUGAAAUCAGGAACCCACUGAUCAAGCUGAUAUCUGGAUGGAACAUCGAUGUUCUGGAGAAAGGAGAAGUGCGGCUGUGGCUGGAGGUUGAAAAGCUGUCGCCAAAUGCAGAGCUGCAUUUAAUCUUCAAUGACAAGGAGCUCAAAAGUACUCCGACACAUAAAAUCAACUUUGUCAAAGAGAAAGGUCUCGUAGAACUGAUAAUCCAGAACUUCUGUGAUGAUGAUAAAGGGAUGUACACAGCCCAGCUGCAAGAUGGAAAAGCUAAAAAUCAAUUCACCCUUGCUCUUGUGGAUGAAUGUUUUGCUAAAGUUGCAGAGGAGGCUGAUGCAAAACGACGACAAUGGAAGAAAAAGCAGGACACACGGCACCGCGGGCACCCACCGCUAGAUGGGAGCAUCUCCACAGGCAACCCUGGGGAGCGGCGAAAUCCACUGGAAAGACAUCGCCUUUCUUUUACAGGCCCGCAUUUCAUCGAGGACUUGAAAUGGAAGGUUACCGAGAGCUGCGAAGUACUCCUGACGUGCAAGGCAGCAAACCUGAGCAAGGACACCAGCUUCCAGUGGUUCUUCAAUAAGAAAGCACGGGCAGGUGGCACGUUUGAUCCGCAGACUGGGAUAGGAACACUUUGUAUUAAAAAGAUAACCAAAGCAGAUGAGGGCCAAUACAAAGCAGUUGUUUCAGAUAACCGAGGAGAGGACUACACCCAACUUGAUCUCACAAAAGGAGCAUUUGAAGACCUUCUCAAGGAGCUGUGCAGGAUCAGUGCUCUUUCUGCUACACCUCUCAAGAUUCAGCCUACUGCAGAAGGCAUCAAAAUCUACACAAAUGUGAAGUACUACACAGACUACAUGAAAACAACCUGGUAUCACAAGGAGAAACAACUGGAAAGCCGUGACAGGCUGAAAGCUGGGAGCACAAUGAAUCAGGUCUGGCUUCACAUACUGAACCCUACAGAUGCAGAUAAGGGAAAAUACACCCUGGAGUUAUUUGACGGGAACAAAUCUCACAAACUGUCAACUGACUUGUCUGGACAAGCCUUUGACGACGCCCUGGCUGAGCACAAAAGGCUAAAGGAAGCAGCAGUAGCAGAAAAGUGUCGUGCCAGAGUUGUUCAAGGUCUGCCAGAUGUUGCCACUAUCAUGGAGGACAAGACCCUGUGUUUAACUUGCUGUGUAUCUGGAGAUCCUUACCCAGAAAUCACUUGGUUCAAAAACGAGAAAGUGAUUGUCUUCAAAGAUCGCUACAAAAUGGAUGUGAAGGGGGCAGUUGUCACAAUUACCAUCGAGAAAGUCUGCAAUGAAGACACAGGAAAAUACAGCAUCUACGUCAAGAAUAAGUAUGGUUCUGAAACAGGGCAGGUUACUAUCAGUGUUUAUAAGCAUGGAGAGAUACCAAUAGGGAUGGAAGAAAAGGAAAUCACAGGUGGGAUUGUCACGAAAAAGCCUAAAUGAAUUAGUCAAUUAUGCAUUUAAAAGGAAUUUAACUCCUUCGGAUUCCUUUCAGUGUCUCUGCCCUAAAAUUCAGGCUCAUUUCUCUAUUUUAGUAAUAGUAUUUUGGUAGUUGUUAGAGAACAAUUCUCACAUGUGUGUGAGUGCGCACACGUGUGUGUACACAUGGAUGCUCACCUUACAGAGAAACUCUUUCCUAGUAAACCCGUUUGGGCAGUACCAGAGGGUUCACAUAUGAGAAUGAGGUGUUCAGUGGAGGCUUUUUGUAUUAAAUCAAUAUGUGUGACUGAUUACCUUGUAGCUGACAAAUGCUUGUGUGUACGUGUUAUUAAACCUAUACCCUUGGUGACAUCUCA